CAUCUCAUAACUUCACAUUCUUCUUCAACACUUCAUUCUUCUUCGCGUUUGCACUAGUUCUUCCAUGAAAAGACAGAUAGAAAACCAAAACAGAGAGAGCUUAGAUCUGGCCAUCUCUCUAAUGCUUCUCUCUCAACCGGCAUCCAAGGCCCUCAACAUGUCAUCGUUGCCUCAUGAAUUUGAAUGCAAGACCUGCAACCGCAAGUUCUCGUCGUUUCAGGCGCUCGGAGGUCACAGAGCCAGCCACAAGAAGCCCAGACUUGAUUCCCAAGUAGAGUUACAGAAACCCCAUUCGGAGAAAUCGUUGCACGAGUGUUCUAUUUGUGGGCAGCGAUUCUCUCUGGGACAAGCUCUGGGAGGCCACAUGCGAAAGCACAGAGCAGCCAUGAACGAAGCCUCUGCUUCCAUAAAUGAGGUGAUUUCUGAUGUCCCAGUUCUCAGACGAUCAAACAGCAGCAAAAGGGUUAUGUGCUUGGACUUGAACCUGACCCCUCUCGAGAACGAUUUGAAGUUGCUUUUCGGAAACAAGGCUCCUUCUGUUAAUCUUUCCAUGUGCUGACCAUCAGCUUUUCUGUACUUAUGGACCAUUCUUUCAUUCUUAUGUUGUUUAUGUAAACUAGGAUGCUCUGUCAUCCAUAUAUAAAUAUAUAUAUUUUUUGUUUGUUUGAAUCA